UGAACAUGCUUAAAGGUCGACCACCCGUUCUGGCGCCUUCCUCUAUUCGUAUCAGUGCUUGCCUUUUUUAUCUCUUGCCUUACUCUUGCUUCCUUACUACUUCUUGUCGGGGGUUCAAAGUUAAAAUCAUAUAAUUUUCUAUACCAUCUAAGCUACCAUCUAAGUUUAUCCAGCUUCAGCUUAUAGCCCGUGUUCAACCUGAGCUCUCCAUAUCCCUAUUAACUAACGAUCGCCACGGGUAUAUCGAGUAUUGGUUAUUUUAUUAUAGUGGCAACUCCAUUGCCGUGGGCCAAUUCUUACUGUUAGUCAUAGAUUUUCAAAUCAACAUCUUAGCUCUCAAAACAUGUCAAUCUGCUCAUGGGGUGACCCCCAAACGAGCGCAAAUGUAUCCACUAUCUACGAGCCAGCGUCGUUGGCCCAAAGAACCAUUCCGAGGGGAACUGUUUCGUCACGGAUACGCCGCCUUCACCGCCUUACUCAUUCCCAUCAUGAGUUACCGGAGGACUUGGAGUUUAUAGCUCGGGAACGAAAAUACGUACUGAUUGGCUAGGGACGGCAUUCGGGUUCAUAUUUCCACGUUGCGCGGCCAUGGCUCGGUCCUCACACAUAUUCGCUUUUAAUACCCCUAACUUGACUAAGAAUAUUCGGAGGCCUGCACAAUCGGGUCAGCAUUAUCGUCCAAACUAUCCUGGCGGCUUUGCACUUGAGCGUUCGAGGUACGAUAUCACUACAGGUCCGAAUACCCGGCUGUACAACCCCUCGGCAUUGGAUGACUUGACUUCGCCUUGGAAUUUUGGCCCCUCUCCACCGGCGAUCACAUCCAUGCCUACUACGCCACAAUAUAUCCCUAUAGCAUCAAGGGCUUCGAGUGCGUCGACAUUUUCUCAGAACUCAUAUCCGGCUACCGAAGCCGAGAAACGCCAGUCUGCCCGCGAAUUAUUUGAGCAGCACGGUAUUAGGAGGCCACCCGGUUGGUUUUCUGACGAUGAAGACCUCUCUCUCUUAGGCGAUAGGACUGCCGGCCCUCGACGCUUCUGCAGAAUCUGCCACGUCUGUUCUACGCGAACUUGGUCGCAGACUCAUUGCUUAUCUUGCCGCCAUCGUUUAUGCGAAAAAUGCCUGUGCGAAGUCCCUACAAGCACCGAAAAGGAGCAUAAGGCGUUUUCGCACAACCAUAGCCAUGUUACUACUAAACAAGAUAACGCACAAUAUACUAGACAAACCUUGUUGACCCCGGAGGCUGGGCGACUAUCACGGAAAAAAUCACGGUCGUCUAACAGGACUAGCAAUAAUCGAUCUGCUCAGAGUACGGCUUUGUAUCAGUCAUCUCAUACGCAUGCUCAAGGCAAUGAUGCAGCUGAACUACAGCCCGGAACCUGGAAAAGGGUAGACAAUAAGACAGCGCAACUCGCGACUUUAGCUACGGAUAAUCAUGCAUCAAGAAGAUUAGACUCCCCACCUGAGAGUUCAUCUAUUCGCUCAAUAAAGCAAAAUCCUUUCGUUGUUGACGAUAAGGAGAAAGCAGAACCAACUACGGGAUGCCGCGUUCCUGAGUCAUCAGGUGUCCGACAUUAUCAUUGCCAAAUAUCCGACAUGAAGAUAGAAUGUGAUGACCCCAUGUGUAGAGCAACACAUGCCGGGUAUUACCCGUAUCGGCAUAGUAUCACUUGUGCUUUGCACCGAAGUGAAGAGGCUGAAAGGUCCGCAGGCUCAGCCAGGAGAUUGCUAGUGUCCAACAAGGCUGCUAUUGCUCAUCCGACGAACCCGCAGCCAAGGAAAGAUACGUUACAGCGUUUAGAUGAUAUAGCUCAUCGACGUCAUUUGACAGGCCCUCAGACGUCCUAUCAUAUUUCAGAGCAUAUUGCUGGUGAUACUAGCCACGGAACUCGGCACCUACACAGUAAUCGUGCGGGUCAACUUGUCAACGAGGCUGGAUAUGGCGCCAGGGACAAAUGCCAAGAGUUCAGAUCUACCGAGACCGAAUACGCUUCCCAUACCGAUCGAGGGCACGAUAUUGCAGGCGAGUAUGCCGCGGAAAAUCGCGAAGCCCCUAGAAGAACGGAUACAUCAAAUACGGCGAGAGCGAAACAAACUAAAUGUGACAUCAAAAGUAGAACAUCUUUACCCAAAAGCCGUGUGUUCAGCCCACCAUCAUGGUUACAAGCGCCGAGUAAAGAAGCAGGCGAUGCCAGGUCUAGACUGCGUCAUAUAGACACCGGGAACUACGUGCGUCCCCUUGACGUCAAUAUAAUGAAUUCGGGAGGAGGAAGAGGAACUCAUUCGCGGAGCCCAGUUCGCGAGAAAGCCCCCGAAAAUGCGGAAAACCGGCAGCCAUCCUCGCACCGCAGACGUCGUCCAGCACACCUCCAAGUCGAAGAUACCAACAGGUACUCGCGCAGCACGUACCGCAGCCCUCCGCCUGCUCGUUCGGACCUCUCCCGCUCGCAGCAGAGUCUAGAAAGUUCCAGACGCCCUUCUAGCGUCGCGCAUGAACAGCCUCGGAUCGGAUCUGCCCGCCCCGAGAACGAUCAUCUGUCUGUCUACCCCCAAAACGACACCCGCACAGUACGUACGGGUAGCCGUUCUCCGUUGAGUGCGACAACGACGCGCGCUAGCCAUUCGCCUCUGCAGCCACGGCGAAUCUUACGUAGUGGUAGCGGUGGUGGUGGUAGUGGUGGCGGCAACGCGGACGAUGGACGAGCAGCGUUCGUAAGCCGGAGCGCCGCCGCCGCCGCAGCAGCAGCAGGCUCGGGACUCGAAGACGGGAGGUGGGUAUCGUCUGUCGCGGUCACGGGCGCAACUGCGACAGCGACUGCUACUUCGGAGUUCGAGCGGCUUCUUCACCGGCCGAACCCCAUCGCGCCGCCGAACCACGACUGCAGCUGGAAGGAGCGCUACCUGGCGCUGACGGCGGAGAUCCGGCUGCUGAAGGCGGAGUUGUCUACCAGGGCGUCCCUGAGGGGGCCUGAUGUUGGGUAUACGGGAGGGGCGGGGGAUGGGGGGGUGAGGGGAGAAGCAGAGGAUGGUGAUGAGGGUGGUGAUGGUGAUGACUUGGGGAUAGAAGGGGUGACGAUCGUCGUGCAUCUCAAGGGCAGAGAUGAUUUGGUUAUUAAUACGGACUUGACCCAGGCGGCUGAAUAAGACAAGACAAGACAAGACAGAACAGGACAGGACAGGACAGGAUGGGAUGGGAUGAUGGCGAGGCUGAACGGCUAGGUACCUAGGUAGUUACGUAGGUAGUAUUCAGUUCUUGGGACUAGAGGGAGGGGAUAGUAGAGCACUACCUACCUAGGUAGGUAGCCCCACGGGGUAGGGUAAGAUGAGGCUAUAGUGUAGGUGAUUUUGGGGACGGGGACGGGGACUAUGGCUUAACGGCCUAUAUGGUAGGCGUAGGUGUUAUUGUUAGAGCAGUAUUCGGCUUCUUUGCAGCCUU